UCCUGGCGAGGCCGGCGUGGUGGUGCGCCUCCGCCUCCCAUCCAUCUAGUAGCUCCACCGCGCCAUCCAUCAUCAGCACCACCGCACCCAGCGCCAUCCAUCAUCAGCACCUUCCCACGCCUCCACUAGCGCCGCCCAGCACCUCCACCCGCGGCACAAGACCACCACGUCACCCGCACCCUCCAUCAACGCUGCUACCAGCGCCGCAUCACCACCUUGCUGCUCCUCCACCUUUCUUCUUCCCCCCAAAUUCUGCUGCUGCUCUCUCUCUAAUCUACCCACGCCUCUGCUGUACUUCUUGCCCAAAUCUUGCUGCUGCACCUUCUCUGAACCUAUUGCUGCUGCGUAAUCUUCUCCAUACUGCUGCUACUCUCUACUACAUCUUCAGCGCCCCUUGCUGCUCCUCUCUUGCCGCUGCUCUUCUUUGUACCCCAACCGUUGCUGCUCCUCUCUCCAUCCCCAUGCUGCUGCUACAUCUUCUUUCUGUGCGCCCCUGCUCCUUCUUCUCCUUGCACCCUCUUGCUGCUGCUACGAUCUGAACACUCCUUGCUGCUGCCCUCCCCCUUCUAUAUUUCUCUGAAUUUCUGUAAACUUGAGAUGUGCAAGACUUUGUAAGGUUCAGAUUUGACGAGUACUUGCAACCUGCUGUUUGCUCUGUUUAGUACGUGUAUAAUAUAGUGUAUCUGUUCUGGGAUCUGACUAGUUGAGGCCUUGUUACUUUGGGAGACACUUGAUCUAUUAGAUUUUGGUUCUAUUAGUUAGUAUUCUGCUAGUAUAUGUGUGUGUUCACCUUGUGUACUAAUCCCCUUUUCUACUCCCUCCGUUCCGAAAUACAAGUCUUUUUAGACAUUUCAAAUGGACUACAACAUAUGGAUGUAUAUAGACAUAUUUUAGAGUGUAGAUUCACUCAUUUUGCUCCGUAUGUAGUCACCUAUUGAAAUCUCUAGAAGACUUAUAUUUUGGAACGGAGGGAGUAGUUAUCUUCCAGUACUUGUCAACUUUGUGUGUGUUUGAUUUUCAGUCCAUAUGUUAGUUUAAGUACCUGUGCCAUAUAAAUAUAUGUGUGUGUGUCUGAUGUAAAUCAUCUAUUUUCUGUUCCUGUCAUAGUAUUGUUUCUACCCUUUGUUAUAUACUCGCUAGUUAUAUUUGUGUUAAUGUCUUGUUGUUUCCCUCUUGUCCUUGAUUCGUCUGUGUUAGUGCUUUAAUUUCUCGAGCCUAAUAAAAAUACCAAAAAUACAGUGAGUUAAAUCUGAAUCUCCCUGUGCUUUUUUUUUUGCAUUUUCUUUGUCGACGAUCUUUGGGAACGACCUUGUUAGUUUAGGUUUUAUUUUCUGCAUUCGUCUCUUAAAAUGGUGUUACCUAGAUUUAGCCGAGCAUAGUCGUCGUCGCCUAGUCCCUGUGGGGAACACGUCACUCGCAGUUCGGGCGAAAUAUCCCACUAUACUUUCAAUUGAUCAUUUUGGCUCCGUUGCCGGGGACUAGCGUCGAGCGAUUUUGUUAGGCUAUAGACUAGGUUUUUCUUGUUUUUCCCUUUGUGCUAUAUAUAUGUGAUAUAUCUCUAACCCCUAACCCUUGUUCAAGUUAUUUUCUAUUUCUUUGCUUGGUCAUUCUGCAGGUUAUUGCAUCUUCUCAGAUAUGGCUUACUAUUCAGAUCAUCAUGCUUAUGCGAGCAACACUACAAACAGCACGGAAAGUAUUCAAGACCUGAUAAGGCCAUUCGCCUGCUGAAUGUCAGCGUGGUUACUCUCACCCUCCAGAUUGUUUUGGCAUGAGCUUUGCUCAAGAGCAUAGCUCACACAAAAACAAUUACUCACAUGGGUGGCCUGAAAACCCGAAUAUGCCAUAUAGGAACAACAACCCUGAGAUCUCAUCGUUUGCCUCUAGUUAUCCAAUGCAGGGAUUCAGGUAUGAAGAGGAGAGCCACAAUUAUGCACCACAACAGUUUUAUUCACCUCCUACUCAUAUACCACAGCACCAGGAGAUGUUGCCAAUGGAGUUAAAUGGUCCUCCAUUUGGUCAACCAACACCUUCAACACAAGUGCCCACACAAGAUGAUUUUGAUGAUAUAGACAAGCUCACAUUGCUUAGUCUCGAGUUCACUUGGAGUGCCGAAGAUGAUCCAAUUAGGCCGGUGAUACUAGAGGAAAUGAAGAAGAUUAAGAGUGGAAAGGAGCUAGUGGAAGAAGUAAGGAAGAUUGAGAAGAACAUCAAUGCUGUCAGUACUAUCUCUUCCCUCCUUGAGCUGAGUGUUGCCGGGAUAUCCCUUGAGGUGUGUGAGGUUCCAACACCUUCACAUUCAGCUGAGCAAGAUAGCGAGAGUCCAGAGGAAGAGAUACUUCAGAUCCAAGAAGAAAUUCUCGAAGCCAAGGCACAAGAUGAUCUAGAGCUUGAAUAUCCAAAUGAACAAGUUGAAGAUCCAAUGUCUAUCUCUCCCGAAGAAGUAAAAGAAGUUGCUGUAGAUGAACUUGAAGAACCAGAAAUUCAUUUGCCUAUUGUCACACAAGAGCGUGAUGUAGCAGGUUUAUCUAAUCCUCUUGAUGACAUGAGUCCUUAUGAUUUAUUUGCUUCUACCUUGCAUUACAUGAUGCCAUCACUUAAUAUUGAUUUGAAAACUCAUUUGCUUGGAUAUGAUGAUACAUACACUGUUGGUGGCAUUGCUCUCAUUCCUGAUGAUCACAAUUACUUUCCUCGUGCUAGUCCUAUGCUUAAUGAAACAUAUCAUUCCCAUGCUAGUCUUGAGCUUAAUGAUAAAUAUCAUCCUCAUGUUAGUGUUGACCUUGCUGAUUUCUACCAUCCUAAACAUGUGCUUUAUAGCUAUGCUUAUGUAAUUGGAUAUUCGAUUGAUGACUUGGAGGGUAUUAUCCCUACCACUUGCAUUGUCUCUUUCGUUGAGUGCUCUUUCAGGUUCUUGCUUGUGCACGAAUCACUACAUGCUGACCAGGUUCGAGGUGACAUUCCUUGGGACCCCGGUGGAUCCUGAGCACGGAGAUGAGGAGAAGCAAUGGGCACACACGCGAGGAAGGGAGAAGCUGGAGCAGGCAUGAGGAUAGAGAAGCAAAAGGAGAGGAGCUGCAGUUGGUGAGGUGAUCGAGCGAGUGCUACAUCAUUUGAAGAGCCCGAAAUGUGCGCAAAGGCACUAUAAAUCUUCAAGAUCCGGACUAAGUGGCUAAGAGAACGAAGAAGAGGAGGAAGAAUGGACCCGACCGUGAAGAAAAGAAGUAACCAGAGGGGCCAAGCUAAAGUUGGAGGGAUCAUCUUGUGAAGAAAGAAGAGAAGUGGAAGGGCAAAAGAGCAAAAGUGGCAGAUCAGAGGAGGGGGAUCAAAUCCCUAGCGCGGCCUCCAUUUUCCCCUCGGGCCUGGCACAUCUCUCUCUCCCUCACCCCUCCUCCAACUCCGGCCGCCGCCACGGCCAGGCCAGCGUGGUGGUGCGCCUCCGCCUCCCAUCCAUCUAGUAACUCCACCGCGCCAUCCAUCAUCAGCACCACCGCACCCAGCGCCAUCCAUCAUCAGCACCUUCCCACGCCUCCACUAGCGCCGCCCAGCACCUCCACCCGCGCCACAAGACCACCACGUCAGCCGCACCCUCCAUCAACGCUGCUACCAGCGCCGCAUCACCACCUUGCUGCUCCUCCACCUUUCUUCUUCCCCCCAAAUUCUGCUGCUGCUCUCUCUCUAAUCUACCCACGCCUCUGCUGUACUUCUUGCCCAAAUCUUGCUGCUGCACCUUCUCUGAACCUAUUGCUGCUGCGUAAUCUUCUCCAUACUGCUGCUACUCUCUACUACAUCUUCAGCGCCCUUUGCUGCUCCUCUCUUGCCGCUGCUCUUCUCUGUACC